AAUAAAUUCACUUUGUGGCUGAAAAUGUGAACUUAAGAAGGUAAUUAAGUUGGGUAAAUGUAAAUACUUUACAAAUUAACAGACAUGUCAUGGCACAAAUGAAAACAAAAACAAACAAAAUAGCCAUAGAAUAUUUAUGUAUUUGAGAGAGGUGUUUAAUUGCACAUUAUCUCUCGCUAACGGGUUUUCAAAUUGUGCAAUUUAGUUAGCAAAGGCGUUCAACAAUUAUAGUGAUAAUCGUGAACAUCACAUUUGCAAUUCACAUGAGGAUUGAAUGUUCGCGCAUUGACACGCCGGAACGACAACAUCUGCCUAAAGAUCCUUACGGACAAAAUAAACUGCAACAUACUAUCGUUGGUGCACAGGGGCAACGUAAACCGCUGUAUUCUAAUCUUAUAUUUUGCUUAUAUUUUUCCCCUCGAAAUGUGGUUAUAGUUAAAUACCUCGUAGUAACAUGUGGAUGGGAAGAAUGAAUGAAGAAAGCUCUCCGUCUGAGUGUAAAAUUAUCACCCCAUCUAGAAACCGAUGUGUAUACACCAGCUGUUACUGUGAGGAGAAUGUGUGGAAAUUGUGCGAAUAUGUCAAGGAUCAGGGGACGUGCCCAUUGGAUGAGGUGUAUGCAGUCUUUAUAUCUAACGAAAGAAAAAUGAUACCCAUUUGGAAACAAAAAUCCAGUCGAGGUGAUGAACCAGUAUUCUGGGAUUACCAUGUUAUUCUUCUACACACAAAUAAACAAGGACAGAGCUUUAUAUAUGAUCUAGACACCGUCCUUCCCUUCCCUUGUUCACUUGAUGUAUAUUCGAAGGAGGCUUUUCAUUCUGACGAGCAUUUGAAACAAGCUUUCUGGAGGAAACUUCGUGUAAUAUCAGGGGACACCUACUUGGAAAAGUUUGCUUCUGAUCGUUCACAUAUGAAGGAUUCUGACGGGAACUGGCGUAUGCCACCUCCAGCAUAUCCUUGUUUAGAAACAUCAGACACUAAAAUGAAUCUUGACGACUUCAUCUGCAUGGAUGCCCGUGUGGGAUAUGGAGAGGUUUACAAUCUUUCAGAUUUUGUUCAACGCUUUGGGACGAAGUAAAGAUUUUUCAACACUAUUAUGUUGAGAAAUGUACAUAAACAGACCCUCAGGGAAAGAUCCCAUUAGCAUGGGCAGUACUGUGACUAAGCAGGCCACAAAAUAGCCUACAUAUUUAUUGCCUGUCAAACUUGUUUUUUAUAUAUAUAUAUAUAUAUAUAUAUAUAUAUAGAACAAUUCAGAUCUCUCACCUUACAUUGUAAUUCAUAAUUGCAGUCAGGUUGUAAACUCCCAAAGGACAGUCAUAGUAAAAUGAACGGGAUGAAAUAUUAGUUGAUAAUUUUCAUACUUUUAUAAAGAAAUCAGUUAAACAGUUGUACAAAUAAUAAAAAUUCAGCAUUUAAACAAACAACCAAACUGAAAUGGUAAACUGUAAGCAGUUGUAGUGCUGUAGUUUUUAAACAAUUGCUGCCAGGUAAUCUUUCACCUCAGCAGGUGUCAGUCUGCGAAAUCCUGCUUCAUUACAGAUGCCCACCUCAAUAUUUUCCUCUGUCA